GUGACUCCUUCCUCAAAGAUCGUGGGUGACCUGGCCCAGUUCAUGGUGCAGAACAACCUGACCAGAGCAGAGGUGGAGGAGAGAGCGGACGAGUUGUCCUUCCCCCUCUCUGUCGUCGAGUUCCUUCAGGGAUACGUUGGGAUACCACACGGAGGAUUCCCUGAGCCGUUCAGAUCUAAGGUGCUGAAGUCUCUUCCCCGCAUUGACGGUCGACCUGGUGCCUCUCUGCCACCUAUGGACUUCAAGUCUCUGGAAGAGGGCCUGCGAGCCACACACGGGGAUGACAUCACCCCUGAGGAUGUGAUGUCAGCAGCCAUGUACCCCAAGGUGUUCCAGGAGUUUAAGGAGUUUACUGCCAACUUUGGCCCAGUGGAUUGUCUCAGCACCAGGCUGUUCUUGGAUGGACCCAAGAUUGCAGAAGAGUUUGAG